UUGUUUUGUCUCGAUCAAAAUCACUUCGUCCAUCGCGUUUUUAAAGUGCUACAAAAUUGCAGAUACUACGUGCUUCUUUGGAUAAUAAACGAUUUCUUGGAUCCCUGAACGCGUGUGAAGCUUGAAAUGCUAUAAUUCUAUUGAAAAGUUGUGCAUCAUAGUCGGAAACGAUUCUAACAUUUGCGCCUGGAAAAUCAGCUGUCUGUUGCUUAUUAGCCGUUUCAGUUUCGAAUGUCGACUCGCGGUUUCCACAUCGGAGCAUCAUCGCCCAUCAACGACGGACAAGGAGUGAAGUGAAACGACCGUAGUUUCGGGACGAAAGAAGCCGCUUCAUUUGCGCGAGUGAACAGUUUUCGUUGGCGUUGUUUUUCUGCGAGACGGGAGAGUGAAAACUCUUGCUUUUUUGCAAGUACGAUUCCGCGAAUUAGUGCACGUUUUCAUCCAGGUGAAGUUGCUGUCGGUCGAGUUUCGGUUGGUGUUGCGAGUGCAAUUGGAAUUUUUGAUUUCGUCUGGCUGGUGCACUGGUCUCUCGUGACGGAGGCGCACCGGUUUUUAGUGCGGCUUAAUGUCUAGUGGUGAAUUUCGUGACAGUUCCGCCGUCGAUCCCCCAGCCGCCAAAAAGCGGAAACUGCCGACAUCGCCUACUUCGUCGUCGUCGUCGUUGUCGACUCCCCUCGCUGCAGCAGUCGCAGUUGAACAGCAGAAGCAGCAACAACAACAGAAGUUGAAAGAAGAAGACUCAGUAGCAGUUGUAAUGGCGACGGCAAACAACAAUGGAUCGGCUCCGUUCGAAGGUUCCGCGGGUGGUCAGGAAAUUGAUGAAGGGCUCUAUUCGCGGCAGCUCUACGUUCUGGGACACGAUGCCAUGCGGCGGAUGGCACAGUCCGAUGUGUUGAUUUCGGGUCUCGGUGGAUUGGGCGUGGAAAUCGCGAAAAACGUAAUCCUCGGUGGUGUAAAAUCUGUCACUUUGCAUGACAAAGCGCUUUGCUCGCUGGAGGAUUUGUCCUCGCAAUUUUAUUUGACUGCGGAUGAUGUUGGCCGGAAUAGGGCAGAAGUAAGCUGCCGUCAGCUGGCAGAACUGAACAACUAUGUGCCGACCAGUGCGUACACAGGAGACCUGACCGAGGAUUUUCUCCGCAAGUUCCGAGUGGUGGUGCUCACCCUGACGCCCCCGGAAGAACAGCAUCGGGUUGCGGAGAUUACCCAUCGGAACAACAUCGCCCUCAUUACGGCCGACACGCGUGGUUUGUUUUCGCAAAUUUUCUGUGACUUUGGAAAAGAUUUCACCGUGUAUGAUCCGACCGGGGCCAAUCCGAGCUCGGCCAUGGUCGCCAGCAUCACCAACGAUGUGGACAGUAUUGUGACCUGCUUGGAUGAGAAUCGACACGGAUUCGAGGACGGAGACUACGUAACCUUCACCGAGGUCGAGGGUAUGACCGAGCUCAAUGGAUGUGAUCCGAUCAAGAUCAAGGUGCUGGGCCCGUACACGUUCAGCGUUGGCGACACCACCAAGCUCAGUGCCUACGUUCGCGGUGGAAUCGUCACCCAGGUCAAGAUGCCCAAGCAAAUGACAUUUAAGUCGUUGGCCGAAGCGGAGAAUGCACCCGAGUUUAUCGUUUCGGACUUUGCCAAGUGGGACCACCCGCAGAACACGCAACUGGCGUUCACCGUGCUUGGGCGCUAUCAGGAAAAGAAUGGUCGUUUGCCGCGUCCUUGGAACGCCGAUGAUGCUGCUGAGUUUGUUGAACUGUGCAAGGAACGCAGCAAGGAACUGAAGCUGGACGAAGUCAACGAAACUGCCCUGACUACUUUUGCCAAGGUCUGUGCCGGUGAUCUCUGUCCAAUGAAUGGAGCUAUCGGUGGCAUCACCGCUCAGGAAGUUAUGAAGGCUUGCACUGGCAAAUUCACCCCGAUUUAUCAGUACUUCUGUUUUGAUGCCGUUGAAUGCUUACCGGAAGGUGGUGUUCUGGAAGAAGAAUGUCAACCAAUUGGAUCUCGUUAUGAUGCUCAGAUUGCAGUAUUUGGACGCAAAUUCCAAGACGUCCUCGGCAAAUUAAAGUACUUUAUCGUGGGAGCCGGUGCAAUUGGAUGUGAGUUGUUGAAGAACUUUGCCAUGAUCGGAGUAGCAUCCAAGGAAGGUGGUGAGAUCAUUGUCACUGAUAUGGAUCUCAUUGAAAAGAGUAACUUGAACAGGCAGUUUUUGUUCCGACCGCAUGAUGUACAGCAGCCCAAAUCGAGCGUAGCAGCAAAGGCCGUCAAGCGCAUGAACGGCGAUAUCAAGGUGGUUUCCCAUGAGAACCGUGUUGGUCCAGAAACAGAGAAGGUUUACGACGACAAAUUCUUUGAACGUUUGGAUGGCGUUGCUAAUGCUCUGGAUAACAUCGACGCGCGCAACUACAUGGAUCGCCGCUGCGUCUAUUACCGGAAGCCAUUGUUGGAAUCGGGUACACUCGGAACGAUGGGUAACAUUCAGGUCGUGGUGCCAUUCUUGACCGAGUCCUACAGUUCUUCGCAGGACCCUCCGGAGAAGUCAAUCCCUAUCUGUACGCUGAAAAAUUUCCCGAAUGCUAUUGAGCAUACUCUGCAGUGGGCGCGUGACAUGUUCGAAGGUAUCUUCAAACAAUCGGCCGCCAAUGCCGCUCAGUACGUUUCGGACCCGACCUUCAUCGAGCGUACACUUAAGUUGCCUGGUGUGCAACCACUGGAAGUAUUGGAAUCGGUUAAAAUUGCACUGAUCGACGAGAGGCCAAAGUGCUUCGAGGACUGUGUCAAAUGGGCUCGCGUCCAUUUCCAGGAGCAGUAUUCCAACCAGAUCAGCCAACUGCUGUUCAACUUCCCUCCGGACCAACAAACUUCUUCCGGGCAACCAUUCUGGUCCGGUCCGAAACGCUGCCCGGAAGCGAUCACGUUCGACGUGGAGAACCCAAUGCAUUUGGAUUAUGUUUUUGCGACCGCCAACUUGCGUGCCGAAGUGUACGGUAUUCCUCAGCAGCGUGACCGUUCCGCAGUCGGAGACAUGGUUCUCAAAGUACAGGUUCCAAAAUUCACCCCACGAUCUGGAGUUAAGAUUGCUGUCACCGAUGCCGCCAUGCAAGCGGAAGCUAACGGAGCCUCCGGCGAGGAGUUGGACCAGGACCGCAUUACCCGGCUACAGAAGGAACUCGCUUCGUUGGGUCGACUGGACUUCACCGUCACGCCGCUUGAGUUUGAGAAGGAUGACGACGCCAAUCUGCACAUGGACUUCAUUGUGGCUGCCUCGAACUUGCGUGCCGCCAACUAUAAGAUUCCACCGGCCGAUCGACACAAGUCGAAAUUGAUCGCCGGUAAGAUCAUGCCAGCAAUUGCUACCACCACCUCGCUAGUCGCGGGCUGUGUCUCGUUGGAGCUGUACAAGCUUGCCCAGGGCUUCAACACAUUGGAACGCUUUAAGAACGGAUUCAUCAACUUAGCUCUGCCCUUCUUCACCUUCUCCGAGCCCAUCCAAGCCAAGAAGCAGACCUACUACGACAAAGACUGGACUCUGUGGGAUCGCUUCGAGGUACAGGGCGAGCUGACGCUGAAGGAGUUCUUGGACUAUUUCGAGCGCGAACACAAGCUACAGAUUACCAUGCUCUCGCAGGGCGUUUGUAUGCUUUACGCGUUCUUCAUGGCCAAGGACAAGAAGACGGAACGAUUGGCCAUGUCGAUGUCUGAGGUGGUGAGGCGUGUCUCGAAGAAGAACAUCGAACCGCACGUCCGUGCUCUCGUGUUCGAGAUUUGCUGCAACGACGACGACGGAAACGAUGUGGAAAUUCCUUACGUGCGUUACAUUUUACCCUAGAGCGGCGGGCCGUAGAUUCUAGCUUUACUUUAUAGGGUAACGGAAAUGAUAACACACUCACUUUUACACAGACACACGCAAAUUAUGAAGGGAGAGAAAAAAGAGCGUUUGAAUGAACUUACACCGAUACAAACACACACAGAUACAAACACGUGAGCAUAUUAUUAACAUUGAAGAGACUUUUGAAAAGAAUCGAAUCAGCUAUUUAAAAUAGAAGUGAAUAGUAAAAUCCUUAAAGUGUGUUCUCCAGUGUGACUGCUUCUUUUUUGUUCAAGAUUGAAAGUCGCAAAAGUUAAAUUUAAUGUGAAACACAGCUGCGUUUCUAUUAGCUCCAUUCUGUUUAGUUCCGAAUCCGAGAGAGAAAUGUUAAAGAGACACUAAUUUGAAUUCUCCCUGCGCUGCGUAUCUCGGAUAGGUUGUCUGACCUCUAACAGCUUAAGUUCAACUGAAGAUUAAUCAGUUUUAGUGUGAUAAACCCCAUAAGCUUGCUCCUUAUCCCUAUGAAUGAACUGUCGUUUAAAAAUGAUAUUUGUGUUAAAUUAUUGUCGUCCUGUGGUAACGUCAAUUGGCAGACAUACAGCAACCAUCCUUCACUUUAUUGGCCUCUCUCAGCUGAAAAUUUUGCUUCGAUUAGUUUGUCGACCCUUGAUUUGUGGUUAUUUUCAUAUCUGUUUCUAAAAACCUCAACACAUCCAAAUCCCAGAUUAGAUACCGUUUUUGUAAGGGAAACACUAAUAGAAAAUCAGAAUAAAAAGAAUUUAUAAAGAACUGCGAAAGUAACCAGAAGCUAUGUUGUUUCUUUAAAAAGAGAAUUGUCUUGAUCCGUGUAAAAAGCGGCUUCUUUAUCGUUACGUAUAAAAACCAGAAAUCAGAAUAAAUAUUGGGAGAGAUGUGUCGUACAAUAUGGAAGAGUACCCUCCGGCGAGUGGGUUGAUGUGGCCGAUCUGAUUGUAGGUAUUUGUGAUGAAGUGGAGGAUUAUUGAUUUUUAAAUUGAUCAUAUGAGUGAAAAGUGGAAGGAAAUACGAAAUUAAACACAUCUUGAGAUAAGAACAGAACAGUAAUCAGAAGUAAUUGUAUUUGAAAAAUAAACUAUAUGAUCAUGCA